UUUUUGACUGCAGUUAAAACACAGCCUCUUGACCCCUGCUUCAACCUAAACAGCCUCCACGGUUUCACACACAAUGGCAUAAACAGUGUGAGAAACCCGGUGAGAUCAAAGCUGGCAACAACAGCUGCGCGGUACCUGUGGGAGGAGUGUGUGUAUGUGUCCGUGUGCACCUGCAGACACAAUCAUAGAGCUGCCUUGCUUACCGGGCAGAUACCAGUCGCAGCCAGACCCACAAACAAACCGAUAGCUUACCUGAGUCAUGGAUGCAGAGAAGUCCCCCCAAGGUGCGCAGAUUCUGGACAUCGGCUCAAACUCGCCCCCUUGUGAGCCUAAAGGUGCGCAGGAGACCGGACAGCUGGAGAAGCCGCCGUAUUCAUACGUGGCUCUCAUCGCCAUGGCCAUCAAGGACAGCGAGAACAAGAGACAGACUCUGAGCGGGAUCUAUCAGUAUAUAGUGUCCAAGUUCCCCUACUACGAGAGGAACAAGAAAGGUUGGCAAAACAGCAUAAGACACAAUUUGUCUCUCAACGAGUGCUUCGUCAAGGUGCCCAGGGACAGCGGAGGGGACAGAAAGGGCAACUACUGGAUGCUGGACCCCGCAUUUCAGGACAUGUUUGAGAAGGGAAACUACCGACGGCGGAGGAGGGUGCGGAGACCCUACAGACCCCCGAGUGUGCCUUACCUGGGCGGGAAUCCCGUGGAGUACUCGGAGUCGCUCUACCUGCAGCCUUACGUGAGCAGCUCCUGGAGCAUGUGCCAGCCCGGCUCGACCCCACCGACGGGAUAUGCGUCAGCUACGGUCAGCACGGGACACAGCCGCAGCGUGUCCCCGGGCACCUCCAUGACCUCCUACUGCACCCCUCCUCCCCACUUUCACCAUCCUCACUACGGCGCUUACCGCCGCCACCCGCCCGUGCUGGUCCCCCACAACGGGUAUCCUUACGGCGGGGUGACCCAACCGAUGAGCCCGGAUGGAGGCACCGUUUCCGUGGCUUGCAGCUACCAGCAGUUCACCUCCUACGGCAGGCCAGCGGACCCAGCCCUGGCUUAUUUAAUGGACCAGUAGGACUUUUGAGUUAUUUUGUGCUUUGAUGGCAAGUUCACAUCUGAGUUCGCCUCUCACCAUUUCAGUUCGGCUGUCACUGGUUUGUCAGGUACUUGGUUUAGUUUGGCAGUUUCAUAUGUCUGUUAUAAAUAAUGCUGUUGAUGAUUUUGUUUGUAUAGAUUUUGUACAGUUUUUAUAAAGUUUGGGUUUUUGUAAGAAUUACAGACGGCAGGUCUACCAUAUACCAUGUCAUUUUAUUUCAAACUUGCCCCCAUCAAGUGUGAACGGCAGGAAGACAGCUGAUCUAAGUCUGAGGUUUGAGGUUUGCAUUUUUAUUUUGUAAUUUUUUUUUUUACUGCGGGAUAUAGGCUUACAAAUAAGCAAACUUUUGUUCUUUUUCUCUGUUUUUUUAUAUUGGUAUAUAAUUUUGAAUAGGCCUGUACGUUUGCUGUAACGUUAUUUAUUUGUUUUCUCCGGAUUUAUCCAAAUGUGUGAGCUGCUAUAAAAGAUGAAUGACAUUCAAGCACUGACCCGUUUUCUCAUUCGAUUGUGAAUGUUUGUUUGAUGUAAAAUACAUCACGUUUGUUCAAAUAAAGUUAUUUUUGCAUCAGAAACUUCACCCUCUCCAAUUUGUUAUCAUUAUUAUUUAUUUAUUAAUGAUGAUGAUGAUGAUUAUUGUAGAAGACUUGAUACAUUUUAAGCGAGGCUACCUGAAAAUGCAGGUUUUAAAAUGGAUAUUAGCUGUAAUAUUUCACAGACCUGUAUGCUUUGUUUAAACUGUUUCUAAGUAUUGAAGGUUUUUACUUGUGUAAAGUGAUGGAAACUUUUUCAAGCGGAAGUACUUUGAUACUGAGGAAAUAUAGGAAAACCUGAUAUUUCUAAGAAAAGUUCGGAAGCCAAUAACAAUAACAGUUAAUAAAGUUUUAUGUCCCGAACAGGCUUUUUAAUCUGGGUUAAUACCCUGUCCCGCAUUCCAACAAGAUCAUAGCAUGUAUCCUCUGCACAGCUAUUUACUUACCGUAGAGGAAAAACAUGCUUAGUUUAUUUCAUUUUUAAUUUGUUUUACUUUAAUAAACACCGCCACCAAAAUGUGUUAUUGGGCGCAAAUGAAAAGCAGCAUCGUAAGCGUUAGAGUGGACAGCAAGGAUUUAAUGAACCCUAUUGGAACGCGUCCAGGUAUUGACGUACUUUCCGUUUCCGUUACAGGGGCGUGAACAAAAGGAAUCGUUUGCCGCGUGCGCGCUCGCGCCGUGUUUUGCAAUCUUAAAACACUACGUUUAAUGUUUUUGCGAAAAAAGAUGGAGACGCUUAGCAAGCUUCUGCUGGAAUACCCCGAAUUAAUGUACAGCGGAGUCGGAGCUACGGCGUUUUUCGCCGGCGGAGCGCUCAUAUAUAAAAUUGCCACCAG